ACAUUUUACACUCCGAUUAUUGUAGUGGUAGUACAUGCUGUCCGACGAAGAAGAGGCCAAUGAGGUGAUCAAAGUCUCUAACUUGGUUGCUAAGUUUGAGAGUGAGAUUAGACGACAAAAUGCUAAUGAGCGUCUGAUCAGCACUGUUCGCCAGGUGUUGAGAGAGUCGAGGAAGGUACACAAACACCCUCUCCAGCAGCAGGAGGGUGAGGAGCGUCCUGAGUAUAUCAUAUCCACUGCUGAUGUUAAACCGGGACCGGAUCAAGAUCUCUCUGCGUGUACUGACCAACCUCGUGUGAAGACCAGAGUGUUACAGCACAACCGAUUCUCUCAACUCAAAGAAAAAUGUAGUGAAAUCAUCACCAAAAAUGUCCGUAACAAAUCAAAACCAAAUCCGACAUUGUCAAUGUCCCAGAGGCCUAAUUCGUUUAGCCAUAACACUGGUAAAACCAACAAAAACUGUAAAACUGGGUCUCUUCCUGAUAGGCGAGCAACGUAUAAUUGCAAUCGAACGCCCAAGACUUAUGAACUUGAAGACGUUGGUGAUAUCGGGGAAGGUUUCGAAAUCAUAAACAUCGGAGACUGUUUAAGUGGCGAUGAAGAAGUUCACCGCCGUAGUCCAAAAGUGGAACUUCUUGAUCUUUCUGAGAGGAAUUCGAGAAACAGAUCUGUUGAAUCAUUGGAUAGUGGAUGUGACAUAGACACUCCCCGAGCCAACCACAUUGACAAACAGGUUGGAGUGUUUCAGAAGUUGUGUCUCGAUGACAGUGAUGCGAAAAAUUUAGAGGAGCAAAAUCUAAGUAAUGCGAAAAAUUUAGAGGAGCAAAACCUCAGUGAUGCGACAAAUUUGGAGGAGAAAAUGUUUAGCGAAAGUUCGGUUAUAGAGACAAAAGUUAUCUCCAGAGAAAUCUCAAGACAGGAUUCAGAAUCUGGAAUAGCAAUCAGUGUGGUCUGUAAUAUUCAGGUCGUUUCAGGGCUGCCGAUUGAAAAUCAAUCCAGUUUGAAUCCUGAGCCUUCCCAGCAAUGUUGCAAGGAACAAGAAAAUUCGAACCCAGACUCGCCACAACACAAUCCUCACGACAGUGAAACUUCUGAACUAAAUGAAAUGAGAACUUCAGAGGAGGACGAAGACGACGACUUGCCUCUUCGAUUCAACGAAAUAUUCAAGCUAUUCGAACCAAAUACCAAUUUAGACGGGGAUGUUUCUCAAUACGCCCAACAUCUCCGUACAGAGUUAGCGUGGAAAAUAGCCUCAGAAAGAGUGCUGAACAGUACCGCGGAGUCGGCAGAAAAUUCCACAGAAAUGUCUCCUGCCAAAUGUUCAGAUCCUAAAAAACAACCCAAAGUGAGGUCCGAGUGUCCCGUAUAUCAUGACCCUGAGUUGGAAGAUUUUAUUGCUCGCUGUUUAAGGAUAACGUGUUCCGUUCAAGAGAAACUGUCACAGCUUGAGGAUAAUCAGGAAGCAGAAGAAUCGCUUUUGAACUGUUUUGUUCCCAAGGAAUUACAGAUUCCAGAUAUUUCAGAGAAUGACUUGAAUUCUAUCGAUUCCACUUCUAUGGAUUCAUUAUGUUGGAGUGAUGGAGAGUACCUGGACAUCAAUGAUUGAAAACGGUUCAUUUUAUUCCUGUUAUUUCGUUUCUUGCUAUGAUUUUCUUUACCAGUUUUUAUGUUUCAUUGAUAAUGAUAUGGUUUAUGCCUUGAUUAAAAUAGAUCCAGGUCAGGAAUUAGUUUCUGAUAGAUAUACAUGAUGAUUUGUCAACUAUGAGUCUACAGUAUUUGUCAAGCUUCAGUUAUUAUCGAUUGAAUUUUUGCAGUCUAGUUAAUUGUAAUUCAGUGGCUAAUAAACUAUAAUUAUGAUUAAUAACUGAUGAGGUAAGUUGGAUCUUCAUUUUUCAAUUUUCAUUUGUCUCAGAUUUGAAUUGAUUUAAACUGUGUAAAUAUUGAUCAAUUCAUUAUUUUGAAAAUAAAUUAGCUUAUUCAGUUUACUCAGCACAGAGCGAAGCAUAAGUCUGAUUACGUUUAACCAUGAUAAAAGCAACAAUUGAUAAAAUGGUGAUGCUUCUGACAUCUUAAUCAUGUUAAUGUUAAUAUUAAUAAUUAUGCAUAUUAAUAUUGAUAUGCAUCUGACAUAUUAAUAAUAUU